AACCCGAAGACAUCCAUCAAUUUCUCAUCCCAAAUAAUUUCCAAUAAAUGCCGGUGGUAUAACAAAAGGGGGAUCCAGGAAGAAUUGUCCAAGCAAGAACAACAGAUGGGGAUGCUAACCCACAGAAUCAAUAAGGAGAGUCUAAAACCUGGUGACCAUGUUUACUGUUGGAGGAUAGGCUUUCUCUAUGCUGAUCAUGGCAUCUAUGUAGGAGAUGACAAAGUCAUUCAUUUAUUGAGAUGUUGUUCAGAAGGAAGAGGAAGUUUGCUGGAUCUUCCCCUGAACAUAUCAAUGCUAGCACAAUCUCAACCAUCCUGCCCUUCCUGCACUCAAACAAAACGAGAUGGUAUCAUCUGCUCUUGCCUCAACUGCUUCCUAGGUGGUAGAGUCUUGCGCCGGUAUGAAUAUGGUGUUAAUAAUGCUGUCUUUAUUGUGAAAGUACGCGGUGGAACAUGUACUCGGGCAGUCUCGGACUCAGCUGAUGUGGCUGUUCAUCGAGCAAAGUACUUGCUUGAUUAUGCAACCAAUAGCUAUAAGCUAUUCAUGAAUAACAGUGAAGAAUUUGCCAUCUACUGUAAAACUGGAGUGGCCCUUGCAGGCUACGGAACACCAGUGCUAAAGGGACAAGCUGCAUCAAUACCCAGUUUCUUACUAGCUGCUUGCAUGUCUGCGCCUUUGCAUUUAAGCAAAGCAAAUGGACUUUGUAUAGCUGCAACAUUGUUUGGAUUAUAUAGCAGUCUCAGAUUUAUUUUGGAUAUCAGGCGUAAUGGGGAUGAAGUGAAGGUAAUCGUGGAGGAUCUGGUAGGGAACUAGAGAGUAUCUCAGGAGGAGGCUGGUGGUUACAGCAUUGACCAAGGAUCUCACAAAUGACAAUGAAGCUGAGAACAAGCUUUUGCUUCAGGGCAUUAAACCCCGUUCUGGGUUAUGGCCUAUAACCUUGUUGUUCUGUUUCUUUUCCAUGAUACUUAGAUAUGGUACUAUUAUUUAUUUGUUACUUCAUGAGGUAAUUCUUUUUUAUUCUUUUGUCUA